GCAAACUAGAGGAUCAAGAAUGUUACGCCCUUAGGCGGUUAGUAAAUUAGCGACUUAACAAUGACAAACAGCUGUUGUGGCUUGAAAUUCUUAUCUGUUCUUCUCCAAACUGGUGAAUUCUGUUAUUUUCAGACUUUCUUGAUGAUCAGUUAAAAGGAGAGGCCAGGCGAGGAAUUUCAACGUUCACUGCCCACCGAGUACACGACGACAUGAUAGCCAAAUGGCUUGACGCGGCCGCGGGCCGAGUAUAUUACCGCUGGGGUAAGACAGUGGCCAAAUGCCCGGCUCCUUUUAUCCUACUGCCUUUGGUCGCGUCUGGACUUUUAGGAUACUUCGGGCUCAUCGGACUCGUCUUAGACGACGAAUUCAGCUUCGUUCCCGACAACGGGAAAACGUUGCCAGCCAUGCAAGGGUUAGAACAUGUCAGUUUUUUCCCUUCCGGCGACGCAAUGGCUGAAAUGAUCGUCCAGGCUAAAGACGGCGGCGACACCCUUUUCGGAGACGGCGUGGUAGAAGAGGUACUACGGCUCCACCGCGAACUGACAACGACGAAUACGGCCUCUGGAGACACGUUCACCGCUCUCUGUUUCCGCGACCCCGCUACUACCGAAUGUGUUCUGAGUGGAAUUCUGCAACUCAUGAUAACAGCCGGCUCAGGACCCGCGCUUCGAGCCAUGAACCUGACCUAUCCUUACCACAACCCCAACAGAGUAAACAAUAAUCUGGGCAUGUAUUUUGGAAGAGAUCUUGGAGGGGUAGAAGUCAGUCAAGACGGCAGUACCAUAUUAUCCAGCAAGGCUCUCCACCUAGUCUACGACGUACAGGCAAAUUUGAGCCAAUGGACAGUCACAUUUCGUCAGGUCUGCUCGGAAUUUGAGUCCGAAAAAAUCACGGUAGACUACAUCAUCCUGGGGUGGCAUCAUGAAGAGACAGGAACUCUUCCUGCAAGAGUGUCUCCGUACGUAGCAGCGGCUAUGGGACUGUUAAUUCUGCUCUCUGUCGCGUCGUGUAUGAUGCUAGACUGGGUCCUGACCAAGCCGUGGUUAGCGGUAACAGGGGUGUUGUCGGCGGCUCUGGCUAUUGUCUCUUCUAUGGGAGUCUUGCCUCUGGCAGGAGUAUCGUUCUCUUCGCUAAACGCAGCGAUACCGUUCCUUCUUCUAGUUUAUGGUGGUCUUCCUGUAUAUAUAGGAAUCGGGGUGGACGACAUGUUCGUCAUGAUCGCCGCCUGGCGGAAGUGUGACGUACGACUUCCGGUGGAGGAGCGCAUGGGCCGUGCCAUGUCAGACGCGGGGGUGUCCAUCACCAUCACGUCCCUCACCGACUGCCUCGCGUUCACCUCCGGCAUCACGAGCGUCUUCCCGGCCGUACGGAUCUUCUGUACCUACGCGGCCGUGGGGGUCGCUUUUGAUUUCCUGUAUCAGAUCACCUUCUUCGCUGCCUUCAUGUCCCUGACUGGACGCCGAGAGCGAGCCAACCGUCACUGCCUCACCUGCCGGCCCGUCCUGCCCCAAUCACAGGCACGGCACAAAAGCGCCACCUACCGACUCUGCUGCGCAGCAGGCGUGUCGAGGCAGGAAGGCGCGUUUGACAACCCCUCCUCUAAAGAAUUUAACCAAGAUCCGGUGUUAAACAGGUUAUUGUAUACUAACUUCGUUCCAUUUAUUUUGAAACCCUCGUCAAAAGUGGUUAUAUUUCUUUUGUAUGCUGCUUACAUGGGGGUUGCUAUCUGGGGGUGGCUUCAAAUCCAUAUAGGCCUUCAGCACCAACGUUCAGUAGCAGACGACUCAUACGUCGGCGGAUACUUCGAUGCAUUGGACACGCACUUCCAAAAAUAUGGCCGUAAAGUAGAUAUCUUUACAACCGAACCCCAGGAAUACUGGAAAACAGAAGUGCAACAGGCUGUCUUAGACAAACUGAAAGCCUUCGACCAGAGCCAGUAUUUCCACAACACAUCAGAGACCGCCGAGGUCUGGUUGCGAGACUAUCUCCGUUUUCUGAAUCGGACUGGUAAUUCUCGUGCCGCCACAGAAAAGACGUCCUUUUUGCAGAUUCUAAUCAGCCAGUUUCUGCCGACGGUUGGGCAGCAGUAUUAUAGGUCUUUAAAUUUUACAGGAAAAGUAGAUAUCUUUACAACCGAACCACAGGAAUACUGGAAAACAGAAGUGCUACAGAUUGUCUUAGACAAAUUGAAAGCCUUCGACCAGAGCCAGUAUUUCCACGACACAUUAGAGACCGUUGAAGUCUGGUUGCGAGACUUUCUCCGUAUUCUGAAUAGGGCUGGUAAUUCACGUGCCGCCACAGACAAGACGUCCUUUUUGCAAAUUCUAAUCAGCCUUUUUCUGUCGACGGUUGGGCAGCAGUAUUGUAGGUCUGUAAAUUUUACAGAAAACUACACUGGCAUAUCCGCGUCCCGGUUCUUUGUCAUACCAAAGGACGUGCCAACUACCACUAGCGUGAGAGGGGCAGCCAUGAUGGCAGAAGCUCGUCGUAUCGCAGAAAGCGAGCCAUUUAUAAUGAGGGCAUUCAGCAUUGAUUUCUUCCUGUCAGACCAGCUAGCCUUGAUCCCUCCGAGUGCGCUACAGACGGCGGGCAUUGCUGUAGCGAUCAUGUUCGCGGUGUGCUUCCUCUUCAUCCCGCACUGUGUCGCUGCUUUCCUCACCACCUUUGCUCUGGUUUCCAUCAUCGCGGGCCUUGUGGGGUACAUGACCUUAUGGGGGAUAAAUCUCGACCUGAUCUCUGUGAUAGCUAUCGUCAUGUGUACCGGGUUCUCCGUGGAUUUCUUCGCACACAUAACCCACGCUUAUGUCACUUCCAAAGCUGCAACUCCCGAGGAAAAACUGACAGAUGCCGUGCGUGCCGUCGGCAUGCCCAUGCUGCAAUCUUCUCUGUCCACUAUCCUCGGCAUGUUAGUACUUGCCUUUUUUCCAGCCUAUAUUUUCCAGGCGUUAUUUAAGACCGUUUUCCUUGUGAUGGUCCUCGGGGUGGCUCACGGACUGGUCAUCCUACCCAUUUUGUUGACCACCUUAACGGGACUGUGUGGUCAAGGGAACGUUAAAGAACAGACGACAGUCAAGAAAAAUAUCAAGACUCUAGCAAUGCCUAACGGAGGCAUUCCCCGUCCCUUCUAUCAAAGACCUCACUCGACCAGUUCAUCUAUGCUUCGCAGAGCGCCAAAGCUUUAUGUUAUGAAACCAGAUAGUUCUUUGCCUAAUUUACGUCCUAGAGUCUGGCAAGAUAACCCGUAUUUUACUCCGGAAAUGCGCGAGUGGAUAAAAUGGGUAGGCAGGCAAAAAUCGGGAGUGGAUAACCCAAAUAUGGAACCAGAUAACCCAGGGGCUUAAAGUCAGUUAACGAAUUAACUUUAUUGCACAACAAUUGUAACAAAAUGUGAGCUAACGCUUUGAAGUUGGGCAAUGCCUUGAUAGCGUGUUCUGCUGUAUUGCAUUCUCCAUUUUCACAUUUGGUAUUUGUUUUGUAUACAAUAAUUGAGUUGGAAGAUUAAAACAAUCAUGGUUGUUUUGCUUAGCAGACAAUCCAUUUCACGGUGAGCAGGACGAGGUAUACUAAAGAUAUGAUCAUGGGCAGCAACAAAGUUGUGAAAUUAGCUAUAGAGGGAACUGUCUUUUCUGCAUUUCUGAGGUUGCACUUCUGAAAAUGUCUAAGGAACAUUGCUUCUUAUAGCUUUAUAUAGGAAAACUUAGAAAUAAGACUUCUUGGAAUCCCCAAAGCUUGUGUUAUAUGUUCCCACAAGACUGUUAGAUGUUACUAGGUCUUGUUGAUUUCAUUAUAUGGAUGACAUCGUCUGGUAGCCCCAAAACAGACGCCAACGUGCAAAUUAAAAGAAAUUGGGAGUGGGAGAGGAUGUCAAUCUAAUCAGUAUGGCCUUAUAUUAUAGAAAGAGCACAUGAUACAUAGACAUUAUAUUGAAUCUACGUAUACAGGUAACUUUGUAAUUCAUCGCUAUCCCUAAAAUAUACUCUACGCACUUUGUGCAUCUUAUGCCAUAUAUUGUGCUAGAAACACAACUCUAGUACUUUAGGGCUGUUUUGUUGUAGAAGUUAAAUCUGAUGUAACAGACUCCAUUUCCUUAUAUCUCUAAAACGUAUUUUGUUAUAUCUAUGUAUAAAAUGCACUUGCAAUUCAUGUGUAAAAAUGAUUUUAAAUGGAAACGCCGAAAUGCCCGAUGCACACAGGAACUUAACAUU